AUGACAACCGUUUUGUUAGUUGGAGCCAUAGGUCAAGCUAGGUACAUGACCCACAUCGCCCGUGCACACAUGAUGCCACCAUGGCUAGCUCAUGUAAACGCAAAGACAGGAACACCGAUCAACGCGACAGUUGUCAUGCUUGCCGCGACGGCUCUCAUCGCAUUCUUCACAAAACUAGAAAUCUUAGCCGACCUCUUGUCCGUCUCCACACUUUUCAUCUUCAUGUUCGUCGCGGUGGCUCUUCUCGUCAGGAGAUAUUACGUCACGGGAGAAACGUCUUCACGUGACCGGAACAAGUUCUUAAUGUUCUUAGGUUUGAUUCUCGCGUCCUCCAUCGCGACCGCUGUGUAUUGGGCUAUGGAAAGAGACGGUUGGAUUGUGUAUGCCGUUACGGUAGCUGUUUGGUUCUUGUCUACCGUUGGGAUGAAGUUCCUUGUGCCGCAAGCUAGGGCUCCGAAGCUUUGGGGUGUUCCUUUGGUUCCGUGGUUGCCUUCUGCUUCGAUCGCUGUUAAUAUCUUUCUUCUUGGUUCGAUCGAUGAAAAAUCGUUCGUUAGGUUUGGGAUCUGGACUGGUGUUCUUCUUGUUUACUACUUCUUGUUUGGGCUGCACGCAACUUACGAUACAGCUAAGGCAACUCUGAAGGAGAAGUCGACGUUGAAGAAUGCUGAAGAAGGUAGUGUUGCUGCAGAUAAAUCUGGUCGCGCAGCUUUAGAUCACUAGCUAGGUUGUUUAAAUAAUUGCUACAAAAGAUUGUCUUAUGCUUUCGAUUUUACUAGUUGUUGGAUUCUGCUGCUGUGUUUUGAAAGUUCAAGUAAAUGCUUCAAAAACAAGAAAGGAUUAAAGCU